AUGCAGCCCUCUCACAGUCCUUCCGCUAUCUAUCCGCUCUGGGUAGACAUGUAUGGGCGAUGCAUGCUCUAUCAGUACAACCCAAGUCCGGGAUUUUCUGGUACCCAAGUCGCACUCGCAAUAGCACCAACAUUCUCUUCCCUCUCAUUUAUCCCUGCCAUAUCACUGCUAACCCAUAACUCUAUGGAAGGUUUAUUCGGAACACCUCUGGCCAGUCGUGGGCCCAUGAAUACUCAAGGCCCCUCCGUGUCCGUCUCAUGUGCUGUUCCUCAACUUGAAGGGUCUUCUCGUCCAAAUCGUGGCCACUCCAAGGCGAUGGAAUGGAGCUCCCUCGACGGACAGCAUCAAGGCGCACAUGUUGCUGCUACUCUCCCGAAGUUUUUUCACCCCUCUGCUUUACUCCAGCCUUUCUCGGGAUAUAAUGAAGAGUCGUCGCCCACUUCGGCAGAGAGCAAGCAAUGUGGCCAGAGGACCAAUCCGGUGGUUGUAGUAGAUCAGAAGAGCACGGUUGCGCAAGAUCAAGCCCAUGACACUUGUUUUGAGACAAACAAUGUUCGGUGCAACAGACGCUCCGCUAUUGGGACCAUAAGCCUCACAGAAAGCUCAACGGUGACUUUGCCUGUAGAAGCAAGGGUAUCUUAUUCCGGAGGGCAGCAGUUGUACACAGCACGUCCUGCAUCUUCUUUAGCCAGUGUGGAGAGUCAGUCUGGGAGCUCGCUUGGAAAGAGAAAAUCUCGAUCAUCAUCGUUCAGCCCACAGCGUCCUGGGAAAGACAUUCGCUUGAGGGCCACACCAGUCACACCUGAGGCAAUCAAUCAUCCUUCUGGCGGUUCUAGAAGGAGCAGGAAUCGGCCUUCUUCAUCGUAUACGAGAUGUCCUUGGGGUAUUUGCAAAGUGAACGGUUCUGCAGGAACAUGCAGGCACCUGCGAAGGGCCCAGGGGUUGAAAGAGCUCACACGUUCUUGAGAAAUACUAUCUGC